AUUUUUUAUUCCCCAGAAACAUAAAAAUGGCAGCCAAAUGCUCAAGAAUUUGGGCUUAUAAUUCUAAUAAUGGGUUUAUCUUGCUUCUAUUGUAUGCUGUUUUCUUGGGGACAAAGGGAUCAAUUGUCUUGGCCAGUGAUGUUAGAAGAAAACUGGAUGACAUAACUGGCUCCAUAAAUAUUGACUGUGGAUUAUCAGAAAAUUCCAUCUCUAUCGAUCCUAAAACAGGAAUUCAGUACAUCCCAGACAAGACAUAUAUUGACACAGGACUGAGUAAAAAUAUAUCUUCAGACUUCAAUUCUGAAGCGCAAUCUCCAGCUUUUCUAACGACUGUCAGAAGUUUUCCUGAAGGAAACAGAAACUGUUACACCCUGCGACCGCCUGAAGGCAAAGCUAGCCUCUACUUAAUCAGAGCCUCGUUCAUGUACGGAAACUACGAUAAUCAGAAUGAAGUGCCGGAGUUCAGUUUAUAUCUCGGAGUUAAUUUGUGGGACACGGUGAAGCCUGAAAAUGCGUCUCAUGUUGUAAUAAAGGAGAUCUUACAUGUUGCUGUAAUGGAUAAUAUCUAUGUCUGUCUCGUAAAUACUGGUUCAGGAACGCCUUUUAUUUCAGCUUUGGAGUUGAGGCAUUUCAAGAAUUCUACUUAUAGAGCUGAUCCUGGUUCAGCGUUAGCCUUAUUCCAACGGCUUGAUUUUGGUUCUUCAAGCAAUGAUACAAUAAGGUACCAUGAUGAUGCUUAUGAUCGAAUAUGGUACCCUUACAAUUCCCCACAGUUCGAUCCCCUCAGUACUUCCUUUGCCGUUGAUUCCCUCAGAAUCACAGACUACAAUCUCCCAUCAAAGGUGAUGCAAACUGCUGUGCAGCCCAUGAAUAACGAAUCAAUAAAUUUCGAUUUUAACAUUGGGGACCCAUUUGUAAAUUUCUACAUUUACAUGCACUUUGCUGAAGUUGAAAGUAUUCCAAGCAAUGACCAAUCUAGAGCAUUCAACAUUGAAUUGAAUGGUAAGGUGUUAGAAGAAGUUGGUCUGAAGUAUUUGCAGUCCACAACUAUUUCUACUCUGCAGCCAAUCAGAGGACCCAGGCUUACGAUCUCACUCAAUCGGCUAUCCAAUUCUAGCCUUCCUCCGAUUAUUAAUGCAAUGGAAAUAUAUUUGGUGAAUAAAUUGUGGCAGAAAGCUACUAACCAAGAAGAUGUUAAUGCUAUUGAGGAGAUCAAGUCAAGCUAUAAUUUAUUUAAAGGGUGGCAAGGAGAUCCAUGUCUCCCUGCUCCAGCUUGGGAUGGUCUGAGUUGCAGUGACAGUGGCUAUGAUCCCCCAAAAAUUAUAUCUUUGAACUUAUCAUCAAUUGGAUUAACAGGACAUAUCUCUUCUUCAUUAUCCAAUCUGAAGUUUUUGCAGAACCUCGACUUGUCAAACAAUAGCUUAACAGGACCGCUGCCUAAUUUUCUGUCACAAUUAUCCGAUUUAAAGACUCUGAAUUUAGAAGGAAACAGACUCUCUGGUUCAGUUCCUUCUGCUUUGAUCGAAAGAUCCACCAAUGGCUCGUUGUUAUUAAGAUUGGAUCAAAAUCCUGAGCUUUGUCUGUUAUUACCAUGCAAAGAAGAGAAGAAAAACAUUGUGAUUCCAAUAGUUGCAACAAUAGUUCCAUUAUCAGUCAUCUUUCUGGCUCUAAUUAUCCUGUGGAGAUGCAAAAAAAGAAAAGUUCCAGGGAAGUUUGUCAACUCUCAGAAAGAAGAAGAAUCAUCCUUAAAAUCUGACAGCAGAAAAUACUCAUAUUCUGAGAUUGUCAGAAUUACCGACAAUUUUAGCACGAUUAUCGGAAAAGGAGGAUUUGGAACGGUUUAUCAUGGAAGCUUAGCUGAUGGAACUCAAGUUGCUGUUAAGAUGUUAUCUCCAUCAUCAACUCAAGGCUCGAUUCAAUUCCGAACCGAGGCUCACCUGUUGAUGAGAGUUCAUCACAGGAAUUUAGCUUCAUUUGUUGGAUACUGCUAUGAGGAUGCUAACAUUGGGAUAAUCUAUGAGUACAUGGCUUGUGGAAAUUUGGAGCAGUAUCUAUUAGAUAAAUCAUUGGAAGCUUUGACAUGGAAAGAAAGACUGCAGAUUGCACUAGACGCGGCACAAGGACUAGAGUACUUGCAUCAUGGUUGCAAGCCUCCUAUAAUUCACAGAGAUGUGAAAAGUGCCAAUAUUCUACUGACCGAAAAUUUCCAGGCGAAGAUUGCAGAUUUUGGACUGUCAAAAUAUUUCCCAUCGGACAGUAGGAGUCAUUUGUCCACCGGAGUUGUUGGCACUGUUGGUUACCUUGAUCCUGAGUAUUAUACGUCAGGCAGGCUGACCGAGAGAAGUGAUGUGUACAGCUUCGGAGUAGUUCUUUUAGAGGUAAUAACAGGCCAGCCAGCAAUAAUUAAAAACCAUGAUGAUAAUAUUCAUAUAAUUUCUUGGGUAAGUCGUUUUAUUGAAAGUGGGGAUAUAAGAAAUGCUGUUGAUCCAAGGUUAAAAGGCAAUUUCGAUACAAAUUCUGUUUGGAAAUUCAUGGAAACUGCAUUGUCAUGUGUUCCUUCAUUUUCCAUUCAAAGACCAUUGAUGAACCAUGUAGUUGCAGAAUUAAAAGAGUGCCUCGAUACGGAAAUUGCUCGAGAACGGAGCUCCAGAUCGGAAGGUCAAGCUAUGAGAUUAAGCAAUUCUUUUGAAAUGAUUACUGUAGAUCUUGGAAAUGAAUUGGGUCCUGAAGCAAGAUAGAAAGGAAAAUGUUUUUUCUUUAUUGCAAAGGAAUUUUUUGUAACAAUAUAUAUAUCUCGAUGUCAGCCGUAUUUGAUUCUAAGAGCUAAUGUACUUUGUAUUUAUUUUAAAUUGGUGAUUGUACUUUAAUUUGUUUUAAUCUAAAUACUAAAUUACGAUUUUA